GCUGACGGACGCGGCCGGCAGCCCCCCGCCUUCCGUCCGUUGUCAGCGGCCCGGCGUCCUGAAACACCGCGUCCUCCCCGGGCCUGGGGCCCGGGAGCCAUGCCCAUCGCGGCCGCCCCGGAGGAACCAGGCAUAAAUUGAUUAUCGGGAAACAAUGGAGCCAGACAUCAUUCGAAUGUACUCUUCAUCCCCACCACCACUGGACAAUGGAGCAGAGGAAGAGGAGGACGAUGAAUUUGGGGAAUUUGGUGGCUUUUCAGAAGUUAGUCCUUCUGGUGUAGGGUUUGUUGAUUUUGACACCCCAGAUUAUACUCGUCCCAAGGAAGACUUUGUACCUUCAAACCAUUUUAUGCCAAUUCAUGAGUAUUCAGAAAAUGUGGAUAGUCUUAGAAGCUUUAAGUCCAUUAAAAAUGGAAAUGAUAAGGACAUCACCGCCGAACUUUAUACUCCUGUGAAAGGACAAUCCGAUAUUUUACUUUCUACCACCAGCAAAGAAACAAUUUCAUCUAAACCUUUAGAGUCGUCCAUCGACGGCACGGAAAGUUCAGGAGAUUUAAAUAAAGCAGUGGAGCGGGGACCAAAUGUUGGAACUUCCAAAUGUGUCUCUCCAGGAGACUUUAGAACUGACACAAGCAUUGUUCAUCAAACCAAGCCGUUAGACAGUUGCAAUGGUGAAAAACCUCCUUGUCUGGAGAUUUUAACAAAUGGGUUUACAGGUUUGGAAACUGUGAAACCUCAGGGAACAGAUGAUCUGGACGAUGGAGCUGAUUCAAAGGGAUGGAACCUCCUUAGCACUCAUAGCACUGAGUAUAGUUUAGAUUCUGCACCUAGUCCUGCUGAGGAAUUUGCAGAUUUUGCCAGGUUUUCUCAAAAGGAAAGGAUACAACUAGGAGAGAUAGAAUGUGUGGUUUCUAAUGAUAGAGCUGCACUAACCGUUGAGGACAACAAUAAGAUUAACAGAGUCACCCAGCUGACGUCUGCCCAGGAAGUGUCUUUGGAUGGCAGCUUUGGUGGUGAAGGAGACACUGAUGGAGAAAAUGAGGUUUGUGUUUCAGAGAUCAGUGUAGGAACUGACAGAGGCCUCAGUGUUGAAGAACAGGGCCUUCAGACACUGCAACGGGAUGAAUUGCUAAAUUUAGAUGUUCAACCCAAGGCUUUGAGCUUGGUAAACGCAAGUGAUAAUUCUGAAGCCAUUCGGAGAGAGCCAUGUGAACCCAAUGAAAAACCAGAUUUGUUUACCUCAAAGCAUGUUAACCUGCCUGUGGAUUCUGUGACAACUUCUAGCUGUAAUGAAGAUGUUGGUUCUUCCAAAGAAGAAAAUGAAAAGGUGGCUAGUUCCAAAAGCCCAAACAUUGAUCACACAGAAGCAGUUGUUGUGGAUAAUUCUGCAAGUACAAACAGUGUUGGUGGUAGUGACAACUUUGUGGCUUGCUGUGAUACGAAGGAGGAUGAUUUUGGUGACUUUGGCUCAGCCGGUGGCACCACUCCACCUGUUGUCAGGGGUCCUCAAGAGUUGGUGAGUGAUGUCAUUCUUGAAGCAUCCUCAGAGCACUCCCCACAUUUUAGUGAAGCCAGCGAUGAUUUUGGAGAAUUUGGGGAUACAAAUGCGGCUUCUUGCCAAGAGGAAAUAAUUACUGAGUCAGGACCGAAACAGACUUCUGAUGGUUUAUCAGAAGAAUGUCAGCUGGCAAGAAAGUCUAGCAGGACAAUCAACACACCUGUUUCACAACUGAAAAGUGGGCAGGACAGUGAGUUUGGAGAUUUUGAUUCUGUGCCAACUGCUCAAGCUGACGGCAGGGCCUUCCAGGACUCCGACGACUUUGCAGACUUCAGCGCGGCGGGGCCCGGCCAAGUGGCAGCAGGCUGGAGCGCCUUUGAGGGUGAGGGUGAGGGUGAGGGUGAGCGGGCCGGGUGCUCGUGGGCCGCUUUCGGAGACCAGCGGGCUUCGGAGUCUCUUCAUCGGAAGGAAGCCUGGCAGCCACACCGGACAGCGGAGAACACCGAUGCGGUGGGAACCUCUGAGAUGUGCAGGGGCCCUUCAGCAACCUCCAAAGGACCCGUUGCUGGCAGCCAUUUGCAAGAAUCAGCCACUUCAGUUCAGACGGCUUUACUAAACCGCCUGGAGCGAAUUUUCGAAGCAUGCUUUCCUUCUGUAUUUGUCCCUGACGCUGAAGAGGAAGUGAUUCCCCUCAAGCACUUGCUGGAAACAAGCACUUUGCCAAUAAAAACAAGGGAGGCCUUAACUGAAAGUGGUGAACUACUAGAUGUAUGGACCGAGCUACAGGAUAUUCAUGACGCACAUGGCUUGAGAUAUCAGUGGGGCGGCUCUCAUAGCAACAAGAAGCUUUUGUGCUCCUUGGGAAUAGACACUCGAAACAUUCUGUUCACGGGCAAUAAGAAGCAGCCAGUUAUAGUGCCCAUGUACGCAGCAGGACUGGGUAUGCUAGAGCCCACCAAGGAACCAUUGAAACCACUAUCUGCUGCAGAAAAAAUUGCUUCCAUUGGUCAGACAACCACCAUGACACCAGAGAUAAACACAUCUGAUCAGUUCCAGGAGUCUCUCCCACCCGUGCAGUUUGACUGGAGUAGCAGUGGCCUUACUAACCCCUUAGAUGCUAGUGGAGGUUCCACUCUUCUGAACCUUGAUCUCUUUGGGCCCGUGGAUGACAGUAGCUCUAGCAGCAGCACCACAAUCCCAGGUGUGGACCCAGAGUUGUAUGAAUUGACAACCGCUAAGCUGGAAAUCUCCACGCCAAGCCUCAGAGUGACCGACGCGUUCACAAAACUCAUGUCCACAGUGGAGAAGACGAGCACGUCCACCAGGAAGCCGAAAAGAGAAGAGCGCCUGAGUGAAGAAGCCGCCAAGGUGAUCAGCAGCCUUCCGGACUUGACGUUCAUGCACGCCAAGGUGCUGAUGUUCCCGGCCACGCUGAAGCCUUCCGCGAGCGCCCAAGAGCACGCCGACUGACCGCCGGUUGAGCUGGCCACCUUGAGAUCAUCGUCCUCUCCUCCAUCCCUUCCUACCCUCGAAAUACAUUCUCUAAUUAAAAAAAAAUUAAUUCAGCUGAUUUGUUGGUAAGCCGCACUAGAAAGGUAUACAUAAUGAUGUAUAUUUAUUUACAUACUGAAGUCCUAAAUUUAUAUUAGAAAAAAUGUAAAUAAUCGGGGAUGAACAUUUUUGAAGAUUUAUUCUUUUUGUGUUCCUGGGUUGUAUACAUUUAUGUCUUUGUGAAAUACACUGGUGGUGUCCUUCUUACAAAACUUUUGAAAUAAAAAAGAAAAUUAAAAAUUCAAAUCUCCACUGUCUGUGAAAUCCCCUUCAGUCUUUUCCAGUUCCAUUGAAUGUCCCACUUAAUUUGUCCUAUCGUAUGUGGAAUUGCUCUUACUAUCAUUUUUUAAAUGAGUUCCAAAAUCCCUAUUUAAUCUUUCAUUUUAUGUGUGAUGGCUCGUUAACAUUUUUGGGCUUGUUUUCUCCGUCUUUUCGGUCUGGCAUAGCUCUGCGUGGCCUUCUGCAAAGGAGCCUCGCCAGCGGCUCGCUGGCUGUAGGGUGGAUCACUGUAGAACUGGAUUGGAGGGUUUAGAGAGAUUGUGCCUGUUUUCAAUUAGUUUGAUUUGGAGAAGGACCAAAUUAUAUGAAUGUCUUACAAUGAAAUUCAAUUGUUACUGAUUUUUUUUGUUCUAUCAUACCACUAUUUUUUGAGGAUUUUGCACAGUGUAAAAUGACAUAAUCAUAGAUUGCUAUGGUUUAGGCUGUAUAUACAGUAAAAACUAUGGGUUUUAAAUGUUUGGGGAAAUUCCUAUGGAAAAAUAAAAGAGACAUAUAGAGGAACCUCUAAUAAGGUUAAUGUGCAUGCCCAAGGUCUUUUGAGAUUUCAGUGUGCAAAUUUCCUUUUAGCUUACACAAAAAUAAAAAUAAUUCAAAAGAAA